GGCUCAGGCGGUGUGACCCACCGUUGGACUAUACCAUUGCACUUUAUUUUUAAUAGGGUCUUUUUGUUUGUUUGUAAAGAUGUCUUUUUCAUGCAAUCAUUCCCUGGACGGCAGCUUUCCUCCAUCUCCAGCGGAGGGCAGGGGUUCAAAGCGGCUGUCCUGGGGCAGUCUGCUGCAGAGGCUGACUGAGCUGAAGGGAAUCAAUCAGAGGGUCACAGCAGAUCAGUGCAGCAGGAGUGAAACUGGAUCUGUGGCAGACAUGUCACUGUCUGAAUCAGACAGCAGUUUAUUCUGUUAUCCCCUGGAGGAGACCCUGGCUACUGAGGUUGUAGAAACAAUAGCCCAAAGUCUCACCGAUGCAUCACACAUCCUGGGCUGCUCCAAACUCAUCCUAGCUGACUGUCUACUGCACCACAUCAGCCAAGAGCUGUUGCACCUUGCUGUCAGCGAGCCUUGCGGCCUCAGGGGAGCCCUCAUCGACUUGUGUGUGGACAGGGGGGACCAGGGGUCCCUAUGUACUGUGGACCAAAUAGCAGUAGAUGCCACCCUGGUCCCGACCUUCCAUGUGACCCUGGUGCUGAGGCUGGAGUCCAGUGGACUGUGGCCAAAGGUUCAGAAGCUCUUCAAGGGAAGCAAGUCAUCACAGACAUUUGCAAAGAACCAAAAUUCUCUGAGGCUGAGUAAGAGUUUUAGGGCUAUCAAGAGGAAACUGUAUUGUUCAGGGGAGCUGCUGAUUGAAGAGUGCUGCUGACUAAGGGCUUCUGUCGCUGAGUUGAGCUGAACUGAAUUCAUAUGUACUGUGAAAAGCAGCUGGUGGGUUAAGCUUUGCCUUCUUUUUUUUAAAAACAAUUUUAUGGCUCCAAAUGGCACUAACAACAUUGUCAUGACUUAGCACAUACCUGUCUUUGAUGGGGUAUUACAUGUGUAUCAAGGUUUCUCAGAAACCAAACUUAUUUCUCAUGGCAGCUACUCACCUGGUUGCAGGUGGCUCAACAGAGAAGACUCAUGUUGGAACAUGGAUCCAAUGAAUGUAAUGUCACACCCUUGAGGGAAUGACUAAUGUAUUUGAUAGUCAAAUAUUACCUGAAGCGUGCGUUUUGUAUUUUCAACUACUUAAGAACAUAAAUAAAUU